CUCUGUGGCGCGCCCGCCGCCUACUUGGCCACCAUAGAGUUGGGGUUCGUUCAGCGCCAAGUUUGAGUCUGUGGGUGGAUCAUGACGCGACUGCCAAAGCUUGCGGUUUUUGAUCUGGAUUACACGCUCUGGCCUUUCUGGGUUGAUACACACGUAGACCCCCCAUUCCACAAGAGCAGCGAUGGAACUGUACGAGAUAGGCGGGGACAGGACAUCCGAUUGUACCCGGAGGUGCCGGAGAUCUUGGGAAGAUUGCAGAGCCUUGGAGUGCCAGUCGCCGCUGCUUCACGGACAAGUGAGAUAGAAGGGGCCAACCAACUCCUGGAGCUCUUUGACCUUGGCAAAUACUUUAUUCAGCGGGAAAUCUACCCAGGCAGCAAAGUGACACACUUUGAGAGGUUGCGCAACAAGACUGGAGUUCCUUUUUCUCAGAUGAUCUUCUUUGAUGAUGAGAAUCGGAAUAUCAUAGAUGUUGGCAAACUUGGUACUGAGUCACUACUGAGGGGGCGUUACCUGCAUUCACAUACAGGAUGGAAUGAGUCUUCAAAUGUUAACUCAAGGAUUAGAGACAUUUGCAAAAGCCCAAGCUGGACUCUGAGGUCCGGCCCUGUAGAUAAGCCUCAUUACAGUGUAAAACUGAAAAGAAAUCAAGGAAGCCUUGUCAGGAGCACUUGUAAUGUAUUAAAGUGUCCACGUGUGACCAUCAGGGUUUUAUCACAGUAUGGGUUGUUUCCAUUUUUCUUUUCUUUCCUUCUUUUUUUUUUUAAAGAUUUAUUUAUUUAUUACAUAUGAGUACACUGUAGCUGUCCCCAGAUACACCAGAAGAGGGCAUCAGAUCCCAUUACAGAUGGCUGUGAGCAUCGUGUGGUUGCCGGGAUUUGAACUCAGGACCUCUGGAAGAGCAGGCAGUGCUCUUAACCGCUGAGCCAUCCCUCCAGCCGGUUCCCAUUUUUCUAGCGUGUAAACUGGAGUGUCCGGAUUAGAGUGCGAAAGAUCAGAAUGCAUCAGGUUGUCCCCUUACGUUGGAACCCAUCCCAAGUCUCCCUUCAACUGUGUCAGAUAAUGGGCGCCACAACGCUGCACAUCUCCUUGUAGGAACCGAAAGCUAAUACUGUUUGGGAGUAGGUUGCAGUCGGCCUUUUUCCAUAGAAGUAAGUAAUGGAGGAGUGAGCCAGCCCUAGUGUGAGGCUUCGUCCCUCUGAAGUUUAUUUAGGGCGUGGGGAGGGGAGUUAAGAGAGUAGUAGAGGCAGAGAAAGGCAGGGGUGGGGGGGAAAUAGAGGAAUAGAGGCUGGCCAUGAGCUCGUGGAGAGAGAAGGGAGUUAAGGAAUGGGAAGAGAGCAGGAGCAAGAAGGCCAAUAGCCCCUCUGAGGCUUUAAUAUUGCCUACUGACGAUGUCACAGCCAUAUCCUGGAAUGGCCGAGGCCAUUCUCAGAAUGAUGAUAAUCUCGGAGGAAGACAGGCAAACAGAGGGACAGAGGGGGGAGAAAUGGCAAUGAGUGGACUUGGCAGAGUCUUCAGGAGCUGUGACCCCAGGAGACACUGGGCUGCCUGGGAGGUACUGGCCAGAAGGGAAUGGGAGCAGCACAUGCCAGGCAGGAAGAGGCCCAGGAGAGAGGCUGACCCAAAAACCUGGACCAAGCCUGGCGCUCUGUUGCCAGAGGCCAACCUUGUUCAACUGCCUUGCCUCAGCCUGUCUCAGCCUGCCUCAGCCUUGCCUCAGCCUGCCUCUAGCAGGACUGAGUAUGGAUGUGAACCGAAGGUGAUCUGGUAAUUGUUAACUCCUGUAGCACAGGCCUGAGGGAAUUGGUUUCCAGGAGGCUGCGUCCAAUCUUUUCUAAAAUUUUGUUGCUUACGUGGUUUGAAUAAAAGAGAUCUAAAGUGAAGAAGAAA